CUUAUACGCAAGCUAACAUUAGGUAGCUAGCUACUUGGCAUAAGCACCCAGAAGUAACGAGGUUUCUUUCUAUUACACUUACAUGCAAUGUUGGGGAGCUAUGGCAUACAACCAGUUACGCUGGCGUUUAACAAUUCUAAAAACUGCUUUCUCCACCUGUCUACAAACGUGGUCACUCAACUCUCCCUGCAAGAGAAUCAGGUCUUGGAACUGUCGUGUGGACUUGACAGACCCGUGUUCCUCAGCUGGACAAAAGGCCGAACAUCACAAGAGCACAAAGUUGAGCUGAGCAGACAGUUGGGGGAGAAACUAGGUCUUCAGGAAGGAGAGCAGGGAUCCCUACGGCCGUGUCUUCAAGUGCAGUCGGUGCAGCAAGUUUUUGUAGAGCCUCUCUCUUCCGAUGACUGGGAGAUCUUGGAGCUUCAUAGCACCAUGCUGGAACAACACCUUUUGGACCAGAUCCGAAUAGUAUUCAGUGAGGGAGUGUUCCCUGUGUGGGUUGACCAACAUACUGUCAUCUACAUUAAGAUAACCUCCUUGUCACCAUCUGUCCCAUAUGGCCGUUUGGAGCAGUGCACUGAACUGGUGGUCUCCCCCAAGUUUCGAUGUGGAGGCAAGCAGCUUCCCAAUAUGACCACAGUGGAUCCAGAUCCAUACAGCUCAGUCCAAGAAAGGGAGCAGAACUGUGACCUCACAUCUGCCUCCACCACCUCCUCUGUAACAACAGACUCUCUCCAUGAGUCCUUUAAUAAUCGGGCAGAAUACCGUCGUAGCCACUAUGGUGGGCACUGGGGUGGAAUAGCUGAUCUGAGCAGUCUGGUGAGAUAUAUGUUCCCAGGGAGAUUUGAGCCUGUAAAAGAGAUUCCAGAAGUCCCUACUAUCCCUGCGAUCUUCCAAGACUGUGUUCUUCGAGUUUGUGGAUCCCCACCUGGGGCUAUCAGCCAUCUUGACUCAAGUUAUGGAGAUGUUCACCUGUUACCAUGGGACCAUCUAAAAUGUGACUUUUGGAGUACACGGCAGGCAAUUUUAACAUAUGGUAGACUCUCUAAGAUUUACUCUCCUAAAGAAGUGAGGGAACAAGCCAAGCAAACAGCAGAAAGGAAAAGAGCUGGAAAUGACUCUCAGACUGAAAAAGAUGCACAAGAACCCUUGGAGGAGCCUGUGGUGAUCAGAAUGCUUUGCCAUAAUGUAGAGAAGAUGCAAAUGGAUCAAAGAUCCUCCAGAAUAGGAGAAAUGUACUGUGGAAAAGUGUGGAUUCCGAGCAUUUUACGUACCAGGUUGGGCGUGGACCCACACUCUGCUGUGAAAAUAUGUCCUGUGAAAUGUACCCCAGAAGUAGCAAUGGCAGUUUCGCUUCAGCCACUAAAGCCAUUAGCUGAGAGUGAGAGAGAGGAGGACAUUCAGUCUUCGUUCCUUGGCUGGCUGCAUGCUCGGAGUCACCAGCCGUUAGCUUGUCUGACAGGUCAGACUAGCACCAUCCUAUUGCAGUGCACUGAGGGAAAGUCUGAAUUCAUCCUGACUGUACAGAAGCCAGAGCCUGGUAAAAAGAGCAUGGAAAAGGUCUUCCUCUUGUCUGCUAGUGUGCUCUACAAGACAGACAUACAGGUAGUAAAAAAGGAGUGUCAGACUUUAAACCUCAUGGCUGCAGUACACACUCUUGAUGAAUUGCCUGUAGUUGGCUUUCCCUCCCUGAGCUCUCUUGGUGGGGUGGAAGAGGCUAGUGCUGCUGCUUUUGAGCACAUCUCUCACUGUCUGAUGAGAAGCCCCCUCUCCUGGGAGCUUGUGUCCACUGGCCCCGGCCUCCGGAGUGGCGCCCUUCUCAUCUCAGGAGCGAAGGGCAGUGGAAAGACCACACUCUCGAAGGCCCUCUGCAGAAAGGCAGCAGAGGAGUUGGAUGCCCAUGUUGAAGUGGUGGACUGCAGGAAGCUCAAAGGCAAACGUGCAGACACAGUGAGGCAGAGGCUGGCAGAGGUUUUUGAGCAGGCAAUAUGGAAGCAGCCUUCUGUGGUCCUGCUGGAUGACCUGGAUGAAUUGACUGGGGCAGCCACCUCAGCUGAGCAGGAGCAAGGCCUGGAGGCUGUGCUGCGUCUGCACAUCUCGCAGGGCCUAAAGGACUUGGUUGACGAUGUAGUGGUGCGCUGCAGUCUGGUAGCUCUGCUGGUCACUGCGCAGACGGAGCACUCCCUUCACCCAACACUGACAGAAGUGCAGGGCUCCCACUUCUUUCAGAGCUUCUGCAAGAUUCACACCCCAGACCAGAUCCAGAGAGUGGACAUCCUCAGAUCUCUAAUGAACAGUAAGAACAUCACAUCUGAAGACAGUCCAGUGACUCUUGCUCUAGAAGGCAUUGCCAUGAAAACUGAGGGCUACCUUCCUCAAGACCUGAACCUUCUACUGGACCGAGCUGUUCAUGCCAGCGCUGUACAAAACAGAGGCAGUGGCACCAGUCAAGGUGUGCGUUUGAGCAGCAGGGACUUCCAGCAGGCCCUGCUGGGGUUUGUGCCUCCCUCCCAGUGGGGGGUGCGGCUACAGGUGCCUGGCAGGGUGGGCACGAACCAAGUGGGUGGACUUCACCAGGCACGCCAGCUUCUGAUGGACACCAUCCUGCUGCCUGCCAAGUACCCGUUGCUUUUCUCCUGUCUGCCAAUUCGCCAGCGCUCAGGGGUGCUCCUCUUCGGUGCACCUGGCACAGGCAAGACUUUGCUGGCUGGAGCUGUUGCCAAAGAAAGUGGCAUGAAUUUCAUCAGCAUCAAGGGUCCUGAACUCCUCAGUAAGUACAUUGGCGCCAGUGAACAGGCAGUGAGGGAUGUGUUCCAGAGGGCCCAAGUAGCUAAGCCCUGUGUCCUGUUUUUUGAUGAGUUUGACUCCCUUGCACCUCGCAGAGGUCACGACAGUACAGGGGUCACUGACCGAGUAGUCAACCAACUGCUCACACAGCUGGAUGGAGUGGAGGGUCUGCAGGGAGUGUACGUGCUGGCAGCCACCAGUCGUCCUGACCUGAUCGACCCAGCCCUGCUGAGGCCUGGGAGGCUGGACAAGGCUGUGUACUGCCCUCCUCCAGACCGGGAGACACGGAAGGAGAUUCUGAAGGCCCUGACCCACUCUGUGCCACUGGCAGAUGAUGUGGACCUGGAGCAGAUCGCUGUCGCCACUGAACUCUUCACAGGAGCUGACCUCAAAGCCCUGCUAUACAACGCCCAGCUAGAGGCCAUUCACAGCGGCUUGGGGCCCAGCUUGCUGCCUGUGAGUUGCACCCCUGUGCUUCUUUCCAGGGAUUUGGGCUCAGGAUCGGACAGUGACAUGAGUCUGUCCUCGCUGAUCUUCCUCAACCACAGCAGUGGCUCGGAUGACUCAGCCGGGGAGGGCGAGGCUGUGCUGGUGCCCUCUGUUGGCCUGCUGGAGCAGAGCGAGUUGCCUGCCCAGGACCCACGCCACAACAUCUGGCGCCUCUACUUUGGCAGCUCCUUUGAUUCGGUCGAAUCGAAUUCUCAGUGCCUGUCAGUACCCAACUCAACCACCCACGAGCUGACUGGUGCGUCAGGGAGGGACACGGCCUGCCUCCACGGCCCAGUCCUCAUGUGUUCUGUGCAGGAGGGCUUCCAGGAGUUGAGCCCUGAGCAGGCCGAGCGCCUGAGGGCCGACGUGAAUGGCAUCAAAAACAGCUACCGCAGGAGUCCAGAGGAGUCAUCUUUGCUGCAGGCAGGCCCCACUAAACCUGGCCCCCUGAUCUGUCAAAUUCACCUCACCAUGGCAUUGGCCAGUACCAGACCCUCCAUUAACAGGCAGGAGUGGAGGAAGUAUACUGAACUCUAUGAGUCCUUUGGUGCCUUAAGAGACGGCAAGCCUCCGAAUGCAGCCCUGUUUACCCCAGGCCAGCGAGUAACUUUGGCCUAAUGGACUAUACACACACACACACACACACACACACACACAGACACACACACCCACCCACUGUGAUUAGUGUGUGGGCACUGAGCAUAGCGAUGCGAUUGGUGGAUUCUGAUAUGUGAGCCUGUAUUAAUGAAUAUGUAUGUGUAUGACGUAUAAAGUUGUGACAUAUGGAGUUUCAGAUUUAGUACAUAGUCCAGCAUGAAUACUUUAAUAAUGAAUAUGUACACUUGAGUUAUAAAAGAUGUAAAUUAUUCUUUGAGAUUUAAGAUUUCUUUAUUUAAUGUUGUAAUUUAGGUAAUGAAAUAUUGAAUGUAUGUAAAUAUGGGAAUUCCUCACUUUAAUUAAAGUAAUAUGGAUUUAUUAA